AUGGACUACCAAUCCGGAGGUCGUGGAUGCUACAACUGUGAGUUUUUUGCCCGUGAUGCUUGCAUACUGCGGCGAUGCCUCUCACCAGAAAACAAGGGCUUACGAAUCAUUAAUUACAGGCUCGUGACUGCCCCAAGAAGGGAACUCCCACUUGGACAGGGACAUGUCAGCCGCGAUUGUACCGGAGCCCCCAAGGAGAAGUCCUGCUAUCGCUGUGGCGGUGUAGGACACAUUUCUCGUGAAUGCCCCCAGGCUGGCGACAGCUAUACCGGCGGUGCCCCUGGUGGCCAGGAAUGCUACAAGUGUGGACAGAGUCUUUCUUCAGAACUAACAGAAACCGUAAUAGGUGGUGAGGUUGGCCACGUCUCUCGUGACUGCCCGACUGAGGCUAAGGGCGAGCGCGUUUGCUACAAGUGCAAGCAGCCCGGCCAUGUCCAGGCCGCCUGCCCUAACUAA